GGAGGAAAAGUUGAAUAGUAAAGCUGUGUGGAGCAGACAGUAAUAUAGGCCUCUCCCUGUGAGGAAGAAAAUGGCUUGAAUGAAAGCACCACUAAACAAGGCAUUGUCAAAAUUCCAGUCUGGUGAUACAUCAGUGGAUUGACUCCAGGGAGAUACUGUAUGAGUGUCUAGAUAUUGGGAAAAACUUCAUUAGAAAUUUUCAUCUCGUGAGACACCAGAGAAUUCACACAGGAGAGAAACCCUUUGAAUAUCCUAUCUAUGUGGAAAGUUUCAAUCAGAAUUCCAACAUGAUGAUACACCAGAGGACUCACACAGGAGAGAAACCAUUUGAAUGUCCUAUCUGUGAGAAAAGUUUUAGUGACAAUUCCAAUCUGGUGAAACACCAGAGGACUCACACAGGAGAGAAACCCUUUGAAUGUCCUGAUUGUGGGAAAUAUUUCAGACAAAAUUCCCAUCUGGUAAUACACCAGAGGACUCAUACAGGAGAGAAACCCUUUGAAUGUCCUGACUGUGGGAAAAGUUUCAGUCAAAAUUCCCAUCUGAUGAUACACCAGAGGACUCACACAAGAGAGAAACCCUUUGAAUGUCGUAUCUGUGGGAAAAGUUUUGGUUAUAAUUCUAGCCUGGUUCGACACGAGAGUAUUCACACAGGAGAGAAACCCUUUGAAUGUCCUAUCUAUGUGGAAAGUUUCAAUCAGAAUUCCAACAUGGUGAUAUGCCAGAGGACUCAUACAGGAGAGAAACUCUUUGAAUGUCCUAUUUGUGGGAAAAGUUUUAGAGAUAAUUACAACCUUGUGAAACACCAGAGGACUCACACAGGAGAAAAACCCUUUGAAUGUCCUAUCUGUGAAAAAAGUUUUAGUGACAAUUCCAACCUGGUGAAACACCAGAGGACUCACACAGGAGAAAGACCCUUUGAAUGUCCUGAUUGUGGGAAAUAUUUCAGACAAAAUUUCCAUCUGGUAAUACACCAGAGGACUCAUACAGGAGAGAAACCCUGUGAAUGUCCUGAUUGUGGGAAAUGUUUCAUUACAAAUUCCAGCCUCAAGAGACACCAGAGGACUCACACAGGAGAGAAACCCUUUGAAUGUCCUGACUGUGGGAAAAGUUUCAGUGAGAAUUCCAGCCUGGUGAUACACCAGAGGACUCACACAGGAGAGAAACCCUUUGAAUGUCCUAUCUGUGGGAAAAGUUUUAGUGGUAAUUCCAACCUGGUGAAACACCAGAGGACUCACACAGGAGAGAAGCCCUUUGAAUGUCCUGACUGUGGAAAAAGUUUCAGUCAAAAUUACCAUCUUAUGAGACACCAGAGUGUUCACACCAUGGAGAAAUAUUUGAAAUGUCCAGACUGUUGACGUUAUUUUAAGCAUAAAUGAUCCCUUAUUGCACACAAGGUAAUCCAUAUGUGGAAAAAUAGAUGAGUUUAGAGAACACUUGAAUUUCAUUUGUUAUCUCCCAUUGAAAGUGUAGGUGAGAAAUUGA